UUAGUAUAGCUUUCUUAAUUGUUAAUCGAGCUUGCAAAUUACAACAAGAGCUCUCAUACUAACCAUAAGGAUUACAUCUUAUUAAUGGGAAAGUUGAGAUUUCAUUUAAAUAUCUGUAAAUCUCCUUUGUGCAAUUGCCACACAGAAUUUGAAAAAUAUGUAUUUAAUAAUGGUGAAAGCACAGAGGUAUAAAACCAAUAAGAUUUAAUAAAAGCUAAAACAUCUUUUCAAGUCGUUAAUGACUUUAUUGAAUAAUAAUUUUAGCAAAUUCUUACCAAAAUCAAAAGCUUAAGCACUAAAGAUCAAGAGAAAAUAAUAAGCAGCUACACCUAGUUUUUAUUUUUUUUUGCAGGGAAAAAAAUGGAGUCAAUGAUGUUCUUAAAGCAAAAUAUUUAUAGCUCUAAGUCUACCUCAGUUAAUUUGUAGAUGGUUGAAUAACUCCUUACACAAAUUCAAAGAGAUGAGCUUAUAAAGUCUAAGUCUAAAAUGAGAUAUUCUCUUGACAGAUAAAAUGUUUUAAAUGCAAAUAGAAUAGAUUAAUUUGAUUUGUAUAUUGUUACAUAACCUUUUAUUGAAGAGUUUAAAGAUCAUCUCAAAAGCCUUAUAAAAAAAAAGAAAGAAAUAUUUAACAAAUUGAUAGAGGGUUACAAUACUUCUACACAGGCUUUUAUCGACAUAACCGAGUUAAUUAGAAAUUAGGAAUAAAUAUUAGCAAACAUUAAAAAAUAAAUGCAGAUUGCUCCUCAAAAUAUUUACUUUCUAAAAUUCCAAGCAAUUAUACUUACACAGAUAAUUUGCGAUCCUUUAUUUAAUGAUAAGAUUGAAAAGAAAGUGAGCGAUAUUUUAUUCCAAGAUAAAUAUAUGAAAGAUAACUACACGUCGUAGAAUGCUAUCAUUCAUGGAAACUUGUCUCACAUGAUAAUAUCAGUUUAAGACACUUAAAUGAAAAUAGAAUCUUUUUCUUAAAGACUUCCAACUUACUUUGAAUACUCAAACAAAGACUUUCAAAAAAUAGGUUCUCCUAAUUCGCUAAUUCCAUCAGGAUUCAUAUAACUACAUAACAAGCUUAUUUAACAUACAAUAUCAUCAGACAACUACUAAUAAAAUUUCAUGUAAAGGUAAAGAGAAAUAUUUCUAAAGACUAGAAACAAUCGUUACAUUUAGUCUUAAAUUUUUCUGAAUUACUAUCCUCUAAUUCAAGAAAAGAUCUGCUUCUACGUUAUAUUUUAAAAAUAUCAAAAUAUGAAUGGUUGCAAAUUCUGUUUUCAAAUAGACAGCUAGCUAAAUAUACUAGCCUAUACAGAUGAAUUUACACUUUUUAUUAAACAAUAAUUAAAGAUUUAAGAUUUAAACCCUUAAAAUUUGAUUGGAGUUCAUUUUUCUGUUUUAGUUCCUAACUUCUAGUAAGUGGUUGCUAAGCUAAAUCAGAAUGAAUAAAGAGCCUACGAUAAUAUAAAUAUAGAAAUACCAUUAUAGAUAAAUAAGACUCUUUAAGCUUUCUUAAAAAAGAAGGCUGAGGUAGAAAAUUAGUAGAAUAAAUAACAAAAAAAUAUAUUAUAUUUGUGCUUAAAAGACCUUCUAUCAUAAUAUUACAAAAAAUCAUAUAUCAUUCAAGCAGAUAUAUAAAUCUGUAAAAGAACUUAUUUUAUAAAAAAUGAGAGCACUUGUAUCUACGAUAUAUAGGUACUUAAUUAUAAGAUUACUGGAUUUCCAAGUGAAUUAAUUAAAAAAAUUCAUCCUGAACAAGACAAUAAAAAAAAAAUAGCGAUUUAAUUUGUUGAUUAAUUGCAGAGUUUAAAUAAAAUAAAAAAAUUUCCUGUAGAAUAAACAAAAAAUCGAACAAUAGCUCUGAAAACAGAAAAAGAGGAUGAAAACUGUAAGUUGAAUACAAGUAUUCCUGCUGAAGAUUCUAUGAACACGAAUAGGGAAUUAGUUCAAUAGCAAGAAAUUAACUCUAUUGAUGUCAAUGAUACACGAAAAUAUUUAUUUUCUCCUUAAUAAAAUGAAUCUCAGUUUAUUUAAUAAGCAAAAAAUAAUGAAUCAUAACUUUUUAACAGAAUUGAGUUACAAACUUCUAAAUUGCAAGUACAAAAAGAAUAAAAUGAAGAACUAUAAUAAUAAGAAGAAGAUGAAGAAGAAUUAAAUUAAUAAGAAGAAAUAGAAGAAAAUAAGUUAUACACUGACAAUUAAAUAAACAAUGAGAUUAGUUAAAAUUUGAUUACAGACGAAGAUAUAGAAGAUCAGUUUGAAGGAUAAGUAUGCAACGAUAAAAAAAGUAGAAUAAGUUUUAUUGAUCAAGCUGAAAAAGUAAGAGUCAGGAGAAAAACAAUAAUUGAAAAAUAUAAAUAAACUGAAAAAGAAUAUUCUUGUAUUACAUAAUAAGAGUUUCAAGAGUUAUUUUCUUAUGCAAAUAAAAGAUCAAAAUCAACAAAAACUGAUAUAUAAAUAUAAAAGUCUCUAAACUUUGAUACUGACUCGUCGAACGAAGAUUCUGCUAUUUAAUAAAUCAGAAAAGAUUAAGCUGAAAAUAGAUCAUGCUCAAAUUAAAAAAUAGUAAAUGAAGCAGAAAAUUAAAUCACUAACGAAAGGGGUAGCUUUACUAAUAAUUUAAAAGCAGUUUUAUAGAUAUCUUAAAAAAGCUCUUCAUUAAAUUUUGUUUCCUUAUAUAUAAAUUCUUAUAAGGCUAUCAUCUUAAUAUUUCUUCUUAUUUCAAUAAUAAUUGUUGUUUUGGUAACUUAGAAUUACCAAACUUUUUAGCAGACUUAUCAGAACUCUUUUCUAACUUCAGGUAUAACUACUCCUUACACGGAGUUUGUGUAAGCUAUAAAUGGUAUAAUAAUUAACAACUAAGGUCUUUUUGGAAAUGGUUCAGAGGAUCAGGAACAAUACUAUGAAUUUAAUACUAAGCUCAAAACUACUUCAUUUAAUAACUUUACUCAAUUAUUCUAUCAGCUUAUGGAUAAUUAGAAGUUUCAUUCAACUUUAGAAAAAACUCAAACAAAUUUUAUUAAUAUUGACCUUUCCACAAAAGUAGGUCCAUAAUAUUCAACAAAUACAUUUAGCAUUUAAAUCGAUGAGUCUCUAGAUUUGCUACAAUAAUAAAUGUAUCAGUAUUAUUUGUAAGAUAUUUCCUAAAUUAAUUUCAAUAAUUUUCCAUAGACUCUCUUUUAUAGUUCAGAUAGCAUGUUUAGAACAUUAAAUGCCUUAAAUUAAGAUGUUUAUAAUAACUUAUAAAAUCAAAUUAAUUGCAUAAACUUUUAAAACUCAAUAUUUUAAAUUAUUUCAUAGCUUAUAUUAUGCCUUCUAUCAAUUUACAUGAUUAGGUACAUCAUAGUAAUAUCAAAGAGAGUGAAACAACUGCUUAUGAUUAUUUGUAGGAUGACUGAAGCUGAUGCUCUAUAAAUUCUUUCAUAGCUCAACUUUGCAGAUGAGAUCCUUUAAUCUCAAUCCGAGGAAUACUUAACAACUAAUUUCUUUCAAUUAAAAGAUAAAAUUAAAAACUUAAAUGGCAAAGAAUAGUUCGUGUACAACAACAAAAAUAAAAAAAAGAAUACAUAUCUUUAGGAUAGAAUUGAUGAAGAAAAUCUAUCAUUCAGCUUUUAGUAUUUGAUAUUAUUUGCAGUUAUAGCUUCUUUUGAAAUAGUGUUUUUAACAUAAUAUUUAUUAGUGAAAGAUUACAACAGUUCUUUCUCUAAGGACAUUUCUUAAAGUUAUUAAAUAUAGUAAGGUAUAAUUUGGUAUAAUUUUGGCACUCUUACAAACGAUAUAAUCAUAGCAAACUAAGUAUUUAAUUUAUAUGGAAUGAAUCUUUUAAGUUAAGAUUAAGCAAAUUAAUUGGCUUCGUGGAAUUAGCCAUUAAUUUAAUAAUUAUUAAAUUUUAUCAAAUCUGAUUAUUAAGACUUUUCUAAUAAUGGGGAUUCAUCAACAAAAUAAGAACUUAAUUAAAUUAAUAAUCAAAAUAAUUGCUUAAAUGGUAAUAUUUUCAAUGAUGAUGAGUAGAAUGUUUGCUAAGUUAUAACAAACGGAUUAUUAAACAAUGGUUUUUACAACACGCUCAGCUCUAUUCAAAGUCAAUUAAUUACGAGAUUAGAUUAAAUUAUUUCUAAGCCUUUAAUUGACUAGUAUUUUCAUUAAGACGGUGGCUAUAUUGAAGGAUAAAUUGUGAUUUAAUUAUCUAAAAAUAUAUUUAAGUAUAUUUCUUAAAUCAUUCAAGAAAAUUAUUCAUAAUUAAUAUCAAAUAGCAGCUAAGUAAAUUUUUUACAAUUUAAAUUUUAUUUUUAUGUUUUUUUUAAAUAAAGUAAAUCAUUAUUGUCAUAUCUAUAGAGUUAGUAAUAGCAUUAUUUUUGA